CGAAUUUACAUUUUAGCCAAUUAAAAUCGAAAACAAUGAGACCGCAAAAAGUUCAUCAAACCUCCGGAGAAAAAAAAAAAAAAAAGAAACUAAAAAUUUCAGAAAACCCCAAAAUCCAGAAACCUCACAUCUCUCUUCUUUCUCUUCGCUGUGAAGCAAAGGAAAAAUGCAAAAUCCUUGUGGAAUUCGUCUUGACCUCUCGUGUUUGCACCCAAAUCUGUGAAGAUUUUGCUCUGGCUUAGUGUGGAAAACUGACAAAUCUCUGUAAUGCACUGUGAGGAUCACGAAGAACAAGAGGAAUCAGAGGAAGAAGAGGAAGGAGAGGAGCGAGAUAUCUCUCGCAGGUAGGUCAGAUAAUGGUGGUGGCUGCGAUUCCUCAAGCAGCAAUCUCCAGCACUGACUCUAGGAAUCCACCUCGAGAUCGGCAAGACAAACCUCAACCCACAGCCAACAAUGGCGGACAACAACGGAGACCUAGAGUCAAAAAUGUCCCCUCACGCUACUUAUCCCCUUCUCCUUCUCACUCCACCUCCUCCAACACCACCACUACCACAUCUUCGUCGACCUCUUCUUCUUCUUCUUCGUCUGCAAUACUGAAGACUAGUAAGCGAUAUCCUUCCCCUUUGCUCUCUCGCACGACGAGCUCCGCUUCUAAUUUGAGUAAGACGCCUUCCUUACUACCCAAACGGUCGCAAUCUGUAGACCGUCGUCGGCCUUCGGCAGCUUCUGUCACCGGCACCGAAAUGCCGGUGACCACCAAGGUGCUUAUCACUUCCACCAGGAGUUUAUCUGUUUCUUUUCAAGGGGAGGCGUUUUCGCUUCCGAUUAGCAAGAAGAAGGAGACCACCACGCCAAUUUCCCACCGGAAAUCAACUCCCGAGCGGCGGAGGCCGACGCCGGUUCGAGAUCAGAGGGAGAACUCAAAGCCGGUGGACCAGCAACUCUGGCCAGGCGCUUCCCGGAGGCGAAAUUCCGAAUCUAUACCGAAUUCGCUUUCUACAAGCGUGGAUUGUGACAGUGAUUAUCGAAUGAAGCUUGGAUCUGGGUUUGAGGGGAAGUCAAUGCUGCAGCAUUCUCUGACUGAUGAGAGUUCUAGGGUUUCUUCUGCUGAUGGGAUUUUGAAAAUGAGAGAUGAGCGCAAGGCAAGACCAAGCAUAAACUCACGAUUGGGUUCUACUGUUUCCUGUGAGUUCACUGCAUCAGAUACUGAUAGUGUUUCAUCUGGUAGCACUAAUGGUGCGCAGGAAUGUGGUUCUGGUGAGAUCUCUAAAACAAGAAACUUGGCGUCUAGCAUCAAGGCUUCUGCUAGAUUCUGGCAAGAGACUAAUAACCGGUUAAGGCGGCUGCAGGAUCCUGGCUCACCUCGAUGCUCAAGCCCGAGUCCGAGAAUCAGUAGUAGCGUGUCAUCAAAGUCGAAGCGGUUCUCUAGUGAUAGUCCGUUGGCAUCAUCUCCCCGUGGUAUGGCUUCUCCGGUAAGGGGCGCUACUCGCCCUGCUUCACCAAGUAAGCUUUGGGCAACAGCUACACCAACUCCAGCUAGGGGACUCAGUAGUCCUUCUCGAGUGAGAAAUGGAGUUUCUGAACAAAUGAACGCUUAUAACCGCACCUUGCCUUCAAUUCUUUGUUUCUCUGCUGAUAUUAGGAGGGGGAAAAUUGGGGAUGAUCGCGUUAUGGAUGCCCACUUGUUGAGGCUUAUGUAUAACCGUUAUUUGCAGUGGCGGUUUGCCAAUGCGAGGGCUGACUCCACUUUCACGGCGCAGAGACUGAGUGCAGAGAGAAACCUUUGGAAUGCAUGGGUAUCAAUCUCGGAAUUGCGCCAUUCAGUCACUUUGAAACGGAUCAAAUUGCUCUUGGUGAGGCAGAAACUGAAACUAGCUUCCAUCUUGAAGGAGCAGAUGGGCUAUCUAGAACGAUGGUCUCUUCUGGACAGAGAUCAUUCAAAUUCCUUAUCAGGAGCAACUGGAGCCUUGAAAGCCAGCACGCUUCGUCUUCCAAUUAUUGGAAAAGCUGUUGAUAUUCAAGAUCUCAAGCAUGCUGUUAGCUCAGCCGUUGAUGUCAUGCACGCUAUGGCGUCUUCCAUAUUCUCGCUGACAUCGAAUGUGGACGAAAUGAAUUCAGUAAUGGCGGAAAUGGUGAACAUCACUGCAAAAGAAAAGGUUUUGCUCGAACAAUGCCAAGGAUUCUUAUCAACAGUAGCAGCUUUGCAGGUUACGGACUGUAGCAUGAAGACGCAUAUAAUACAACUGAGCCGGAUACAAACCAACCUGACUUCACCACAACUGUAGAAACUGAUCUUCUCUGAGUUUAUGACUUACUCACACCACUCCGCAACAUGAUUUCUAACAACGUUUACAUUCCCACGGCCUCCCAAAAACCGCCUUUGUCGUUUUCAACCGGAUCAAGGUGAGAUUCCUUAGGGGGUAUCUGUUUCUUUACGUAAGUUCUUGUUUUGGAGAUUACAUAAGAGAAAGGUAAAGAAUGUGGUGUUUGUUACCUUUGAGGUUGGCUUUAACUGUAUACAGAAAAGCUUUCAGUGGAUCUUUGCCUUUUGUACUUCUCUCUAAUGAAAGGAAAAAAAAAAUGUAUAUAAAUAGAAAGUAUUUUAAUCACACUGAUUGUCAUGUUGCUGCUCCUUAUGGUUUGACAGUACAGAUCUUUCCAUUUACUUAUUUAAGAGUUGAAUUUCUUGCC